AUGGCGACCGCCGCUCACCUAUCGCACCCCCACCAGCAUCUCCUGUCCCGUUCAACUCCGCUCUCCCGCAGGACAUCCUCCUCAUCGAUCGUAUCUACAGCCACCAGCAAGUACGACACCGAGGAGAUCGAGCGCAUAAACCAGACCCAGCGUCCUCUCUAUGACCAUCUGAACAUAGACAAGAGAAUGGAACGUCUGGAGGUCGACGAUAGUCGACGGAACGGCACAAUUGCAAAGUCGCCCCUCGCUGCCUCGUCGCCACUACCUGAGAUGCAGGUGAAGAGGGUGAUCGAGGAACCCGAUGCAAACGGCGAUGCCAAGUCGGAGAAGGUUCCAUCCACCUCUGCAGUGACUCGCAAGUUUCCUGAGGAGGAGGAAGAAGAUAUUCUGCGCGAGACCAGCGACCGCUUUGUCCUGUUCCCGAUCAAGUAUCGUGAUAUCUGGCUUGCGUACAAGCAAGCUCAGGCGAGUUUCUGGACGGCGGAGGAGCUUGAUCUAGCGAAGGACCUGUACGACUGGAAUGAGCGUAUGAACGAACGAGAGCGCUUCUUCAUUCUUCGGAUUCUGGCGUUCUUUGCGUCAUCCGACGGAAUAGUCGGGGAGAACCUCAUCUCGCAAUUCGCCACGGAGGUGCAGAUCGCCGAAGCUCGUGCCUUCUACGCCUUCCAGACGAUGAUCGAGCAAGUUCAUGCCGAGACCUACAGCCUCCUGAUCGAGACGUAUGUGCAGGACAAGGACGAAAAGGACUUUCUGUUCAAGGGCAUGGAGAACAUCCCUUGUAUUCAGAAAAAGGCCGACUGGGCGAUGAAGUACAUCACCGACGAUGUACCUUUCCGGAUACGUCUGAUCGCCUUCGCUUGCGUUGAAGGUAUCUUCUUCUCUGGAUCGUUUGCUGCGAUCUUCUGGUUGAAGAAGCGCGGUCUCAUGGGCGGUUUGACGUUCUCGAACGAGCUCAUCAGUCGAGACGAGGGCCUACACACCGACUUCGCCUGUCUGUUGUAUAGCCAUCUCAAACACAAGUGUUCGCAAGAGGAAGUUCACAAGAUCGUGAAAGAGUCGCUGGACAUUGAGAAGGAGUUUUUGACGGACGCUCUCCCAUGUGCCCUGAUCGGUAUCAACGCCGAUUACAUGGAGUUUGUGGCUGACCGCCUUGUCGUCGCGCUCGGAUACGAGAAGAUCUACCACUCAACGAACCCGUUCGACUGGAUGGAGCUCAUCUCCCUGCAAGGCAAAGCGAACUUUUUCGAAUCUCGAGUCUCAUCUUACCAAAUCGCCAACAUGUCCGGAUCUACAACGCCCCUGUUCUCGCGAAAGAACAGUGACGAGGGUCGCGACAAGCGCGUUUUUAGAACCGACGCAUACUUUUAG